AUGUCAAGGUACCACAAAGCGGCAAUUGACGGCUACUUGGACCUCCUGAAGGAGGCCACGAGGAAGGACCUGAACACUGCAGAUGAGGAUGGCAUGACUCCCACCUUACUGGCUGCUUUCCACGGACACAUCGAUGCUCUUCAGCUCAUAUGCAGCAGAGAAGGAGAUCCCAACAGGAGCGACAUCUGGGGAAACACGCCGCUGCACCACGCGGCCGCUAACGGCCACAUGCACAUCCUCAGCUUUCUGGUCAGCUUUGGAGCAAACCUGUUCGCGCUGGACAAUGACUUCCACACGGCUAUGGACGUCGCCGCCUCUCGCGACCACAUGGACUGUGUGCGCUUUCUCGACGAAGCUACCUCAAAGCAGACCAACCAGAAUCCGAAAAAGGUUGCCAACCAAAAGAAGGAUGCCGAAACAGAGGCGAAAAAACGGGUGAAGCUCUGUGAGAAGGUGAAGAAGAAACACCAAACCAAGAUGGAUAAACUGCAGCGCGGAGCAGGCAGCAUCAGGUCGACUUCAGAGGGAAGCGUGGCAUCAUCUUACUCAAACGGUGGCACCAUGAGCAGCGUCAACGAGCAGUUCUCCAAGCUUAUUGCUGCAGAUAAAUCUGGCUCUCUUACAGCCCGGGUCAAAGGAACAUUCCAGAAGAGGCUUGGGAAGAAGGACAAGAACACACUGCAGAGGUCAGCAGGAGAAGGGAACGUUAUCUUCCUCAAACAGGAGGAUGGAAAAUCGGAGACACCGGAGUUUCUAGGUGUUUUUAAUGAGCAAGAUGAAGGUAUGUCAGACGAAGACAGAAUGGAAGAGUAUGAAGAUGGCUACGGCGAUGAAGAGCCGGGCCACGUCAAGCAGUCCAUCUUCAACCGCCCCGGCCUCGGAGGUCUGAUCUUCAUGAAUACAAUGGGGCUGGAGUCGGACGACAUCCCCAGCGGCAACAACGAAAGUCUGGGUUACCUGGUUCAGAACGAGCUGUUUGAGGCUGACGAAGACACCGCUGCCUUCGGGGGGGGCGGAGACACUGACCUGCCCUGGGAACAGGAAGAUCUGGGCCUGGAUGAUGACAACGACGACGAAACGUCUCCUCUGGACGUGUUCCUGUCCACCAUCUCCCUGCCAGAGUUCGCCCUGGCCUUCAGCAGAGAGCACCUGGACCUGGAGGCCCUCAUGCUCUGCUCUGACGAAGACCUGAAAGGUAUUCGCAUCCAGCUGGGACCCAGGAAGAAGAUCCUGGAAGCUGUAGCUCGCAGAAAGAAAGCCCUGGAGACUCCUGGCAUCAUCAAGGACAGCAUCUUGUAAUUGGACAGUUAUUUAUAAUCCUGUAUGAAACCUAAAAGUAGUCUGCUCCUCUUGUAAAGAGUCACCGUUUUCCCCCAAAAAACAACUCCUGCAUUUUAAAGUGAUCCUACUUUGACUUCUUGGAUAUUAAAUAAGAUUGUUGAAUGCUCUGUUCACAGGUAAAAGCAGCUUCGAACACAACGACACCCUCUAUACGGUUAAAAAGAGAAGAAAAUAAGAAAGACU